AAAUAAUUUUAAAAUGAGUAGUGAAGAUAACAGUUUAUCAAACAACCCUUUUAUUGCUUUCUUUGGCAAUGUGAAACAGGCUGAAGAGUAUAUAAAGGCUUCAAGAAUAAAUGUUUUGACAGAUAGUUCUUCUGAAAGUCUUGAUGACCAAAUGAAUAUUGAAAAAAAUAAUAGUAAAACAAUUGUUGAAAAAGAUUCAGAAACAGUCAUGAAUGAUAUGACUAAUGAAAUAUUGAAUGAUUAUUUGCAGCGCAUCUUCCUUAUCACUUUGAAUUCAGAUACAAGCAAUACAGGUAUAAUUCAGUAUGGGGGGUUACCUAAAAGAUGUAUAAAACUUGAAGAACUAAAAAAUGAUUUAAAGUCAUUGAAUCAACCAUGUCAACUUUCAGAGUUCAAUCUCAACCAGGCUUUAAUGGAGCGCCUUCAAAUGAGUGAAGCUAAGAACAAUGUUUGUGUGCAGGGGAAUUAUCAUGAAAAAGCUAGUGCUGUCGUAGCUGAAGCAAGUGAAGAUCUUCUUAUUAAAUAUCUUUCACAGUGUUAUAAAAGACUUGCAUCAGAAGAAGCCUCUUUGUUAAGAAAGAUUAAAGAUGGUUUAUUAGCAGAAAAAGUUUUAAAUCUUUCAAAAUCCUGUAGACAAUUUAUUGUUUCUUUUACUGGGACAAUACUUCUUCAACCAGAUAUAUUUCCUACUAAUAAUCCCCAUGUACAAUUGUUUAAUAUUAUUAUGCAGUUAUCAGCUGAUCCUGAUAUGAAUGAAUUUUUGUGUAAGCUAGUGGAGUUACAUACUGAUGAAAAUGACCUGAGUGAAAUAUUUAGACCAUUAUUGGAUGAAAUUUGGGAGCGAUGUGUGAAUUUAAAACUUUUGCAUAAAGAUGUUAGCGCUUUGCUUGAAUCGAUAAUUUUUUUCUCAAAAUAUAAUUCAUUAACUUGGAUAUUACUAAAAAGUCCGUAUUGGUUACCAAGAUUCAGUUCACACUUAGUUACUCUUGGUGUAGCAUUUUCAACACAAACAUUACUUGGUAGAUUACUCCAGUUAUCUCCUAUUCCAAAUGAUGUAACCAGCCCAUCAGAGCAUUUCCUUGAACCCUCGCGUCAAUCUGAGUCCCAAAUGAGUUUUAUAACAGAAAGUGUUCAACGUCAAACUGAUUUUAUUGUUACAAAGUUACAUGAGUUUCUUUACAAUAUUAUGAAAGUUCCUGAUGCUCAACAUAGAGUUAUGUACUGGAUUGGAUUGUGUUUAGAUUGUAAUAAAGAUCGAGCUAAAAUGUAUGUUGAUUCGUCUAUAGUAGCACCUGCUGGUUUUUUCGUAAAUCUUACGCAUGUGUUGUUAAAAUUUUGUCAACCUUUUCUUGUACCAAAUUCAAAUCUUCUUAUAAAAGUUGAUUGUCGCUAUGGAGCUAUUAAAACUAAUCACAAUCUUAUUAGAAAUAAAGACACUCCAAUCCACUGUGUAGGUUUAUCUGCCGCAAAUCCAAUGGCUCAUAAAUCUGAUAAUAUACCAUCAAUUGAAAUCGAUGCAAUCAAGUUUAAAUUUACUGCUGAUGUUUUUUUUCUCACCCAUCAAUGCUAUAAGUUAGGCUUUAUAAAAGUAUAUGAAGAAUAUCAUGAGCUUAUGAAGCAACUUCAAAAGACAAGCAAUACAAUUCGAGAUUUGGGGAUUCAAGGUGGUGCUGAUAAUGCUAUGGAAGAAAUAAAAAAUAAGUUUGAGUUUGGUAUGAGGCUGCAGCUAUCAAUGAAGGCUGCUUUAUGUAAUUCAAGUCUUGCUGAUUUGUCAAUUCAAUUUUGUGCAGCUUCGUCAUUUUGGCUGAUUCAACAGGUGCUUGCAGGAAAAGACUAUUUAAAGAUGGAACAAAAAGAACUAAAAGCAAAAUAUUUGAGAGAAGAGGUACCACCUUUAUUAACAAUAAUUCCUGAAUACUUAGCAGAAAAUAUUGGAGAUACAAUGAGAAUGAUAGGAUAUUUCAAUGAAGAAGCUCUUGAAAGGAGUACAAACUUACGUUAUAUUAUGGAGUUCUUUGCAGUUUUUUUAGGAUCUUCUGCUCGUAUAAAAAAUCCGCAUUUACGUGCAAAGCUUGCUGAAAGCUUGGCAGUAUUUCUACCAAAAGAAACAGAGCAACAGAAUAACUUAUUCUCUUAUAGUUUUCGUAAAAAAGCUUUUUUGGAAAGUUCUGUUGUACCAAAAAUUCUUCCUAAAUCUCUUUUACAACUCUUUGUGGAUAUUGAGUUUACUGGUCACACAAUGGAAUUUUACCAGAAAUUCAACUAUAGACAUUAUAUGUAUGGAAUUCUUGAGUAUAUAUGGAAUAUACCUUCUUACCAUGCUGAGUUUAAAAAGCUUGAUGAAGAGGGUAAAAUUCAAUACAAACGUGACAUGGUGUUCUCCUCUUUUCCUCGUUUUAUUAAUCUUCUAAUAAAUGAUAGCACUUACCUCCUUGAUGAAGCCUUGCAAAAUUUGGUUUUAAUCAAAACAUUAGAAAAUGAAAAGGCUAAUAAUGAAUGGGAAUCUCUACCAACAGAAGAAAGAAGAGUGAAAGAACAAAAUUUGCAACAAUAUGGUUAUUUUGCAAAAAACUACAACAUUAUGGCAAAUGAAACAGUGCAUGUUUUAUGUUAUGUAACAAAAGAUAUUUCAAGACCUUUUGCAAGUCCUUGUAUGAUAGAUGGAAUGGCAGCAUUUCUUAAUUACUUUCUUGUACAUUUGGUUGGUCCUAAAAGAAGAGAGCUAAAGGUUUCAGAUUUUCAAAAGUACAACUUUGAACCUCGAAAAUUAGUAGUCAAUAUUUUAUCUAUUUAUCUAUCACUGGGGAAAGACGAUGACUUUUGUCGUGCUAUUGUCAAAGAUGGUCGUUCAUAUUCAACUGAGUUGUUUCAAGCAUCAAUAGAACUUUUAGAGCGUAUAGAAGGCCGCCAAGAUAUGGUUAAUGAGUUUCGUCAUUUCAUAACAAGACUUGAUAAAUGGUACGAACAGUUAAAAUUAGAAGAACAAGAAAUGCCAGAGCCUCCUGAUGAAUUUUUGGAUCCUAUUUCAUGUGUAUUAAUGGUAGACCCAGUUAAGCUUCCAUCUUCUGGAAAAAUUGUGUGUAAAUCAACUAUUUCAAAACAUUUGCUUAGUGAUGAAAAAGAUCCAUUUAAUCGAAGUCCACUGCGUCUGGACCAAGUAAUACCAUGUAAUGAGCUACGCGAACAAAUACGCGCGUGGAUGUUAGAAAAUAAGAUUGACUUAAAGUCCUUCAACAGAGAUUAAAAUUUUUAAUUUAUAUUUUAUAGAAUACUUGAAAAUGUUUUAAUUUUUAAUUUUUUUUUUACUGAUUAAAAAGUUUUAU